AAACGAAUGUGCUGCGCGGCAAACUGCUGAUUUUAUUGUUGUAGAAAAAAAGACAAAGUAGAGCGCAACCCAUUUUUUGAAUAGCUGACAACGAAUAAUUGCUUGACUACAUACACAAAUCGUGAUGGUUAAUAACGAAAAUGCAAAUAUCGCUGCUCAGCAGGUCAUUUGGAUCGGCAGCCACGAGCAGAACACAUUUAUUAAAAGUCUGGAGCAUAAGAAUGUAUAUUUUUACAAAAAGUGCGUCUACGGUCCAUUAACAUUGUCAGUGGGUGACUAUAUACUGGUGGCCAAUGCAGAUUCAGCCGAGCCCGACACAGUAGACGGCUGCGACAUCGCUAAGAUCUUACAUCUGUACGAGCUGCGGGAAAUGACCGACAAAGAACCCUGUCGAGCUAUAGUACAGUGGUACUCCCGCCCGCAGGCCAUACCGCAUAGGUUCUUCGAUGUGGACAAUUUGGAAAUAGACUUCGGAGUUGAGGUUAUUGAGGAGCAUCGCUAUUACGACAACGACGUGGCUUUGGGUUGCAUAUUGCGCAAGUGUCUCGUACUGGAAGGAACCUCCGAUCAGUCUGCACAGCAGAUCAUACAAAAAUAUAAGAUCCCACGCAACUGUCCCAUGUUUGUGUCUCGCUAUAAGUUUCUAAAGGUAAAGAACACAUAUCGGCUUAUACCGCUUGAAAUUCAGCUCGAUGGAACGGAGUCGGCGCGCAGCAGGCGCUCGAUCCGAGAACCCACCUCCGCCUCAGCCCGCAAAUCCGUUUCACGCAGACGCGUCUCCACAGCUGCAGAGAGCCAAACACCUGUCGAAUUCGUCGAUGUCAAUUAUUACAAUUGCGAGAACAAGGUGUCGCCCAUCAAAAUUGUGGGCGGCCGCAGUGUGGUGCGUCUGUCGGAAAAGAAGAAGAGCAAAGCAACAGACGCAGCUGAGCCGGAGAUCAAUGCCAACUAUUUAAUGGCCUCUCCAUUGACGGAAAAAAAUCAAAAAGUUAUGACACCCAAAUCACGAGCCUCGGCAGCACGUCGCAACUUGAACUUGAGCCUGGACAAGGGAGCAGACACCACAGCUGAUUCGGACUGCUUGAACUAUUCGAUUGUACAUCAAACGCCAGAUCCCAAGACUCCUUCAAAUGAUAUGAAGAUCAAGCUGCGCGUCUCCGAGCGUAGAAAAUCGGUGCGCCUCGAAUCACUGGAUAAUGAUUGUGAUCCUUUAGAUGUCGCCCAAGAUACGCCCAACAGCAAGCAGCGACGCAAGCGUCUGGGUGUUACCAAUGGAGAUAUAUAUCAUACGCCCACCAAGAAGUCCAAGGAGCUGCUGGAGCCCGUAGGCACGGACGUGACGCCCUCCACGCGUCGCAAAAGUAUUUUGAAAUCCGCAACGACCCGCUUGGCCGAGGGCACGCCUAGGCGCAGCAUUCAGCUGUCCAAUAUUGUGGAGCAGCGCAUAUUCAAUGACAACGAGAUUAUUUCAACGCCUAAACGAAGUCGUUCGAAACUCGCAGACGAAGUGGUCGAUGAAGAUUACACGCCCAAGAAGUCAAACCAAAAGACGCCCACGCGACCGCGUAGAUCGAGCACCACCAAACAGCCGUCGGCCACAAAGCUGAAAGAACAAGCUCCCUUGACGCCAUCGCAGAAGCUAAAAAAGAUACGCUCAGGCGAGUUGAGCCCCAGCAUGGAGCAGCGCGAACAGCCAGUGGAUGAGAGUCGCAAGUCGCAGUUGCAGCUGGCACGCGAGCAGCUCCACGUUUCGGUGGUGCCCAAGAGUUUGCCAUGCCGUGAGAAGGAGUUCGAUAACAUCUACAGCUUUCUCGAAGGCAAGAUUCAGGAUCAGUGUGGUGGCUGUAUGUACGUCUCUGGUGUGCCAGGCACAGGCAAGACGGCAACUGUCACUGGUGUUAUUCGAACUCUGCAGCGGCUGGUUGAGAAGGAUGAGCUGCCCGCCUUUGACUUUUUGGAGAUCAAUGGCAUGCGCCUUACUGAGCCACGGCAGGCGUAUGUGCAGAUCUACAAGCAAUUGACAGGCAAAACGGUUUCAUGGGAGCAUGCACACACGCUGCUCGAGAAGCGAUUCACUACGCCAGCACCGCGUCGUGUGACAACCGUGCUGCUGGUGGAUGAGCUGGACAUACUGUGUAAUCGGCGGCAGGAUGUCGUCUACAAUCUACUUGACUGGCCAACCAAAUCGGCGGCGCGACUGGUCGUGGUCACCAUUGCCAAUACUAUGGAUCUGCCCGAGCGUUUGCUGAUGGGCAAGGUUACGUCGCGUCUGGGUCUCACACGUCUCACCUUCCAGCCAUAUACGCACAAACAGCUGCAGGAGAUUGUGACAGCGCGUCUGGCCGGCUCUGAGGCUUUCAAGGGCGAGGCAGUACAGCUGGUGGCCCGCAAGGUAGCCGCCGUCUCUGGCGAUGCACGGCGGGCUCUGGACAUUUGCCGACGUGCUACGGAAGUCGCUGACACAGCCGACGCACAGCCGGGUGGAAUCAAGUGUGUUACUAUGCUGCAUGUGCAGCAGGCGCUGGCCGAGAUGAUAGCCAGUGCCAAGGUGCAGGCCAUCAAAAACUGUUCGCGUCUGGAGCAAAUCUUUCUGCAAGCCGUUGCAGCUGAGGUCACACGCACCGGCGUCGAGGAGACAACAUUUAUGGGCGUUUACACACAAAUCGAGACGAUAGCAGCGUUUAUGGGCGUGGCACUGCCAGCGCCAGGACGUGCACUGCAUCUAUGCUCAAAGCUGGGCGCCGAGCGCUUAAUAAUCUCAGAGCACUCGCGUCACGAUUUAUACCAAAAGAUCUUGCUGAACGUCAGCGCCGACGAUAUACACUACGCGUUGCGUGUGGAGAGCAAUUAGGAUUAGAUUUUAAAGCUUUUAAAUUAUUAUUUUAAUUAAGCGUCAUGUUUAAACAAUUUAAAGUACAAACUCGUUGAUAGGAAUACCAAAUAGAAUACCAAUACAGUA